CGGAACACGCCGAUUAGGUGUGAUGCAAAUUUGGUAAACAAAUAAAAUGGUUGAUUAAUCUUCAAUUACGUGUCAAGUAUUGCAUUAAAAUAUGUUAGCAUAAAUAAAUUAAUUGGUGUAGAGUGAAAGAUGAAGUUAGGAUGCCGGAACACGCAAAUGCGGUGUAGAAAUGUUCUCUUUAUAAAUUUUAAUGCAAAUUUGCAAAUCCACCAAACUUUUUUUCAUCUUUAAUUGAUCAAAAGACAAAACCUUUUGCCUACCAAAAAAAAAAAAGACAAAACCUUUUUUUUGUCUCCUACCCUUUUUUGAGCUAUACGCAUCUUCAUCUAUAAGGAAAGGAACCACGGGCGAACAAAACAUCUUCAACCACACAAAAAAUGUCGAAAUUUCUCCCGGAAGAAUUAGCCAUUGAGAUAUUAGUGAGGCUAUCGAUGAAGGAUCUUGCUCGAUUCAGAUGCGUCUGCAAGACAUGGAGAGAUCUUAUCAACGACCGUGGAUUCGCAGAAACGUACCGAGACAUUUCUCCGGCAAAGUUCGUGUCGUUUUACGACAAGAACUUUUACAUGCUUGACGUAGAAGACAAGCAUCCGGUUAUGACAAACCCUCAUAAGCUCGAUUUCCCUUUGGAUCAGUCAAUGAUCGAUGAAUCAACAUGUGUGCUUCAUUGUGAUGGGACGUUAUGUGUCACCUUAAAGAAUCACACUUUCAUGGUUUGGAAUCCGUUUUCGAAGCAAUUCAAGAUCGUACCAAAUCCCGGUAUAUACCAAGAUUCGAACAUUCUUGGUUUCGGUUAUGAUCCGGUUCACGAUGAUUACAAACUCGUAACGUUUAUCGACCGGCUUGAUGUUUCCACAGCGCACGUUUUCGAAUUUAGAACCGGUUCAUGGAGAGAGAGCCUACGGAUAGCUUAUCCUGAUUGGCAUUACAGAGACAGAAGAGGUACAUUUUUGGACCAAUACCUCUAUUGGAUUGCGUACCGGUCUAAUGCUGACCGGUUUAUCAUACGCUUUAAUAUCUCAACCCAUGAAUACCGGAAAUUCCCUCUCCCGGUUUUCAACCGAGGCGUGACGUGUUCAUGGCUAGGCGUUAGAAGUCAAAAACUCUGUAUUACAGAGUAUGAAACGUGCAAGAAGGAGAUUCGGAUUUCGGUUAUGGAGAAAACCGGGUCAUGGAAUAAGAUUAUAAGCCUUUCAAUGUCGAAUUUCAUCUCUGCACAAGAUCGUAUCUACGAUUAUCAAGUCGAAUUCGUGGCGUAUACUAAAAAGAACGAUCUCGUCGUAACAUUCACUGGAUACAACGAUAAUUUGGAGAUGGAACCUGAAGAACGUACGAAGAAGAAGGUGUUCUUGUACAAAACCGGAGACGAGACAUCGGAACAAGUCCGGUUCUGUAACUCUCUAGCCGGGUUACGGUUUCUCUGUGAAUGUGUGGAGACUCCUAAGAUUAUUAAUCGCAUAUUUAUUUGACCAAAAAAAAUCUCCAACGUUGUGUUGCGGGCGCCACACAGAUAACGUGACAAACGAUUCAACACAUUUAUAUACGUCCAUGAAAUUGACAAGUUGCUCGAAAUGGUAACGGUCCAAUUAAAAAGAUCCAAACAUCUGAAAGACUUGGGGGCAAUAAUAGUGAAUAUUACAUGACGCAUCAAGUAGAAGAGACAUCAAGUCUAUUGACGAUCGAGGCAGAGCUUUGGAAUUCCAUUGUCGAGAAAAUCAUGAUUGUCAUCAAAGUCAUUGAGAAGAGUUGUUUCCCCAUAGUUGUUCUACACUAUGAGAGCAAAAUACAGUGAAAUACUUAGUGCAGUUGAGACAUGUCGAUAAAAAAGGUCACAAGAGAGAACAUUAAAGUUUAAGAACAAUCCUUUUUCAAAAAAAAAAAAAAAAACAAUUUCAAUGGGAAGCUUUUUCCAUAUGACUAUAAAUAAA